GGUUACAAUAAGAAUUGUUACAACAUGCAUGUCGUUGCAACAUGUUCACCAUUCUUUCCAUUCCUGUGUCAGGGUAUGCUGAUGCUACAGUUUAAUCCGCAUCAAAUUGAUGGAAUUUUGUACUUGGCACUAGCACUCUUAUCAGUGAACAAUGCAGGAGAAGAAUACAUGAACAAGUUUCUCAUUGAUCAGCUGGCAGUUAGUGAGGAACAGGUUACAGAUGAUGCGGGAAACCCAAAUAAUCCAAUAGAUGGUUGGGGGUUUAUUGCAAGGGUUGCAGGGGCUGCCAUUGGCGGGGUGUUGACAUCAUCAAAGCUUCCAAUACGAAACUGGCCUUUUAUUCCAGCAAUUUUGGUGGGAAUUGGUUGCGUAUUUUUCUAUUCUUACAGAAUAUGCUAUGAGGUAUCUUCAAGAGAUCAUCAAGGGGAAAAGCAUGAAUUAAGGCCGCUUCUGAAAUUACUCCCCCUGUGGGCUCCUUUCCUUAUAUAUUAUGUUGUUGAUGCAGCAGGUAGCACCUUGUUCAAUUAUGAAGUUUAUUUGUAUAUUAUACGCAGUGAUCAAGAUUAUCUGUUUAUAAUACAGAAAUCUUCUGGAAUAAUAGUGUCACGUUUAAUCGGUUAUAUAAUCACAAAGUUCUACAGUGAGGUAAACCAGAAGGAACAACAAAGCAUUAGGCUAGUGAAGAUUACAUUCGGGAUGUUGGUUUGUUUUCUGUUCUGCAUUGACACUUGGCAUCUUGAGGCUAAAGGAAAAUCAGAAGGCUGCUUGUGCAAAACAAAGGUGAUCUCAUUGAUAUUCAUUCUACAGUUAAUCUUGUUAGGAAUUAUGAAAGAAAUGGUUAAACCAUUGUUGGGAGAAUACUUCUGUGACCAAGUACCAGAUCAAUCCAUGCAUCAUCUGGAAUUCACAUUCAAUAGCUUUGUGGAAGGAUUGGGACGAUUGUUAGCUGUGGUAUGUAUUCUAGUUUUUAGAAAUUGGAUUAGUGAGAUCGCCGACAAUAGGCAUUUAGACAUAUACUGUAAAACAUUGGCAUUUAUGAGCUUAUGUGCCUUACUUUUGUUCGUAUAUCUAUCCAAUACACGUUAUUGGAAAAAAGAGGUAGAGGAUCAUGAUGAUGACCAUCUUGAGAAGUUGGAAGAGGGCAGUCUGAGCCUCAGCAGCAGCCAACCUUCGGAAUCUCAAUCUUCCUUUCUACACUCAUCAUCAGUAUCACAAUCCACAGCUUACUUCUCAGGUGAUGAAUCCAUCUCUGCAAGUUCAGAAGCAGCAGUACUCCCAAACUUGGAGAGUGCAGGAUCCUCUGUUCAUAAAGACUACUGGUCAAUUGUAAAAAGGUACCAAAGAUGCCAUGGCUUUUUAAGGUACAUCAAUGAAAGCUUGGGGGCGAAAGAAAAGUCUAGUUGACAACCAUUGCUUCACAAACUUGUUCUUAACUACUGAGUGGUUUCACUUUUGAUGACUGUGAUAUGUUAUUACUAUUUUCUCAUUUUGUGCUACUGUUUGAGUGUUUAUGACCAAUUAUGUAUAGAUGUGCUUAAUUGUUGAGAUUCGUCAUAAUUGUUUCUUGUAUCAUAUAGCUUCUUUUGUGAACUUUUGUAUAUAUGACCCUCUAUAUUAUGUAUGGUUGUGUUUAUGGGUCUUUAAAGUUUUGUUGUAAUGUAUUAAUUCCAAAUUGGUUAAUGAUAAAUAUUUUAUCUGUGC